GGUUCCCAGUCACCACCGGCUGGUCGACUCGCGUGGUCGCGCGCUACGAGUAUGGCCGUUUGAGCACUUCGGAGACGUUCACUUUCGUUUGAUGCCGAAAAUGUAAACGAGCCGUUAAUUAAGGCCAUUAAAAAUUUUAUAGCGAUUUAAAAAAAAUAACCAUGGAGUCUGAGAAGAAGUUGAUUGACGCGUGCAGUGCGCCGAUGGCGAAACCGAACUAUAUGCUCAUGUCCUUGCAAAGGAUAUUUGUGUUGUGUGUUAUUAUAGCGUGUGUGAUCUGUGUGGUGUACUACACGCCGAUGCCAGAGGAGUAUUUCGAGAACUGCGAUCGCGAAUGUAACGAACUGGAUUGGCCUAUGAUCUGCAGAGUUAAGCUGGUCAUCGAAGUCUAUAAGACUCUCAGCAAGUCAUGUGGGAGCUGCACUGAAAAAAACGGGGAGGAAUGUCCUGCAAUGUGUAUUUCUGCAGACGGUCGGGAAAGAGGAGUGCUAACGAUAAAUAGAGAACUGCCUGCACCUCCCUUACACGUCUGCCACAACGACAUCCUUGUGGUAGACGUCGUGCAUCGUGCUCCAGCACAUGCACUGGCCAUGCACUGGCGGGGUCAGCCGCAGAAAGAAACGCCCUUCAUGGAUGGAGCUCCCAUGCUCACCCAAUGCCCGCAGCCGGCGUACACAACGUUCCAGUACAAAUUCCGAGCGUCAGAAGUCGGAACUCACAUGUACCACGCGCAUGCCGCCGCUGACGCCGCCGAUGGGCUCGCUGGCGCCUUCAUCGUUCGACAGUCUCCGAAACUAGAUCCCUUACGUAAACUAUACGAUGUCGAUGCUACCGAACAUACCAUAUUUAUAGCGGAGUGGGGUCACUCUAUGGGACCGCUUGCUGAACUGAAUUCAAAAAAUCCUAAUGCCGAAUCACUGCUGAUUAACGGUAAAGGGAAAACUGCAGAUUCUCCAGAUGUCCCUUUAUCGAAGUUUAAAGUUGAAUCUGGAAAAAAAUAUCGAUUCCGUUUGGCCUAUGGUGGAGGUUCUAAGAGCUGCUCUGUAAAAUUAUCAAUAGAAGAGCAUCAAAUGCGAGUCGUCACAUUGGACGGCCACAGAAUAAAGCCUGAAUAUGUGGAUUCAAUAGAAAUGGGACGAGGGGAGCGAGCAGAUUUCAUUUUGGAUGCAAAUAAAGCUCCCGGCGUGUAUAAAAUCAAAGUUGUUGCUGAUAAAGUUUGCCAAGAGAACUUGGAAGGUGUGGCGGAGUUGGUGUACGUGAAUAAAGGGAACAAAGUGUUACACGAACAGAACGAGGUUUCCGAAGUGCGCGAGUUAUCGACUGUGAGCAGUGGCCGGUGCUCCGUCGCGAGUGUGUUAUGUUUGGACGAGCUGCGCGCGGCGGAUAAACUUCCAGCGGAGCUAGCUGGAGUUAUUGAAAAGAUAAUAUAUGUGCCUUUCAAUUAUUCCACCAGACGAAUUUCGGCGAAACGAGUUGAGAGUUGGGGUCAAACGGACGGUCACCGCUUCACGUAUCCCGCUUCGCCUCUGCUGACUCAAGCCUCGGACGUAAGGCCUGAGGCAUUGUGCAAAGAAGGCCCAGGCCAGGGCGACGAAUGCGUUCAUGUGAAGAGCGUGCCACUGGGCUCCACUGUGGAAGUCGUCAUGUUCGACCAGGGUGGCGAAUCCGACCACAUUUUCCACCUCCACGGCUACAGUUUCUACGUGGUCGGCAUCCGAGAGUUCAACAGCAGUCUGGACAAGGACACCAUCAUCAAAAUGAACGAGGACGACACCCUGUUCCCAUCCAAAAAUCUCAUUGACCCUAUUAAAAAAGAUACUAUAACUAUUCCAAAGUUCGGAGCAGUAGCACUCCGUUUUAAAGCGGAUAAUCCAGGGUACUGGCUUAUGAGAGACGAAAGGUCCACCCAUUGGACAAGAGGUCUAGACUUUAUACUCAAAGUGGGGGAGGAAGGUGAUUUUGUACAAGCUCCAGCCGAUUUCCCUAAGUGCGGCUCUUACGUUGGCCCCGAAUAUUUCCUGAUCUAAAUAAGACUUGUAGUUAUUAAUAAAAAGUUACCAUUAAGAAUCCUAGUUAGGCUAGUGCUCAAUUUAUUUAUUGCCUAAAUAAUAUGUGAUAAUGGUUUGUGUAUAAAAACAAAGUAUUUCAUAAGUGUUGUUCUGUUUGGAACCGGCCAACUUGCCACUAAAAUAAUGAAAACGAUGGAGCAAUUUUGUUAAAUUUGUUGUUAUAUUAUGCAUAGUUGUGGAAAUGUACUGGCUUUUUGUAAAUAUACUGACUUUUUUAUC